UUUCGAUUCGAUCCGGCCCGAUCUCCGAGCUGGAGAGCAGACACUCGCGAAGUGUAUGUAAGCUCGCGGUCGUGAUCGUGUCAGGAAGGGCAACAAACAGAAAAAAGGCAGAGGCAGCAGUAGCAACGCAACGCAGCGCAGUCAGUCAUAUGCAAAAAUUCACCUCCGGCGCGCGGUGAUUUUCAUCAAAUAUCUCUCCUCCAGGUUGUGUGUUCGGUAUUCGCUGCGGGGAGUGCAAAUGGUUCAUAAAAGGUGCUUCUUCUGGUGAAAUUGAAGUGAUCCACUGUGUUGGCAAGGUCGUAGUGAGUGGUGUUGGGGUGAAUUAUCGCCCGAGAAGAUUACUAUCGCCCUAGGUGUUGAUCCUGACCGUCAAAUUAGCCGAAAGUGUGUCAUCGCACAGCGGGCCUGAGAUCAUCGGCGGAUAUUCCAACUAAGAGCUCCAACCAAAUUUGCAGUUUGUUAAGUCCCUGAUAUCUGGAGCGGUCGGAAACAUGUCUGAUGCCUUGCUUGCCGAUCUGCAAAAUACUGUGCCGGGACAUCAACACGUAGGCGGUAGCGGUGGCGGCGGCGGAUCAUCGGUUCCAGGCUAUGGCAGCCUAAAUGGUGUGAGGAAACAAACUUCAAGUCCGCAGUCCUACCAAACGACCACUAAAACCGUCACUGAGACACGUACGGCCAAUGGCUACAACAGCUCAUUGCCCCGUUCCACUACGCCCCAUCACAACAACUCUCUGCCCCGGUCAAGCACGCCCCAGAAAUUGCAAGGCUCCAAUUCUGGCAAUCUGUCGGAGUUGGAUUCACUGCUACAGGACCUGAGCAGUGCUCGCUACGGAAAUGUGGCUGAGAAACAUCAACCCAAUAAUGGAACAACUAGUCCCUCGCCGUAUGCCAUCAACGAUACAAUCAAGCGGCCCUCGGUGGACAGUUUGCUCGAUGAGCUCAGCAAUGCGAAUGCCAAUCCGAUUUACGCAGUGCCAUAUGGGAACCAAUCGCCUAAUCCACAGCCCCAGCCAGCCCGACAGGUGACUAUCACGGUACGAGAAACCACCACUGAAAAACUGACCGGCACCCCGAGUGCCACCUAUCAGAACCAAUUAUACGAGCAGCAGCUUGCCCAGCAGAACGAGCAGACAAACUACACAUCCUCCGCCACCAAGGAGCUGGAUGAUCUAAUGGCUUCACUGUCCGAUUUCAAGAUUACCGCUGGGACGCAUCAGCACCACGCGGUUACGGAUUACGCGAGGCCAAAUCAGGGCACAGCGCACUACCAGAGUACUUUAACGACGGUCAGCACCAGCGGACAGUUAGCGCCAGUGAACGAUCAGUUGGAUUCUAUGCUUGGAAAUCUGCAGGCCGAUAUGAGCCGCCAGGGAGUCAACACAACCCAGAAGGGAUGCUGCAAUGCGUGUGACAAGCCGAUCGUGGGGCAGGUUAUUACCGCUCUGGGCAAGACAUGGCAUCCGGAGCAUUUCACCUGUAACCAUUGUAACCAGGAACUGGGCACCAGGAACUUUUUCGAGCGCGAUGGAAACCCUUACUGCGAACCGGAUUACCACAAUCUGUUCAGCCCCCGGUGCGCCUACUGCAAUGGACCGAUUUUGGACAAAUGCGUCACAGCGCUGGAGAAAACUUGGCACACGGAGCACUUCUUCUGCGCCCAAUGUGGCCAACAGUUCGGCGAGGAUGGGUUCCACGAGCGCGAUGGCAAACCCUACUGUCGCAACGAUUACAUCGAUAUGUUCGCGCUGAAGUGCAACGGAUGCAACCGGGCCAUCAUGGAGAACUACGUUUCGGCCCUGAACAGCCAAUGGCAUCCGGAUUGUUUUGUGUGCAGGGACUGCCGCCAACCGUUCCUCGGCGGAUCGUUCUUCGAUCAUGAGGGUCUGCCCUACUGCGAAACGCACUAUCACGCCAAGCGGGGCUCACUGUGCGCCGGCUGCUCGAAACCCAUCACCGGACGGUGCAUCACGGCGAUGUUCAAGAAAUUCCAUCCGGAGCAUUUCGUGUGCGCCUUCUGUCUGAAGCAGCUGAACAAGGGUACCUUCAAGGAGCAGAACGACAAACCCUACUGCCACCAGUGCUUCGACAAGUUGUUCGGGUAAAAAAAAUGGUAGCAAAGUUUCAUCCCUUUCCCUCUAUAUACACGUUAGCCAUUUCCCUGUAGCUGUCUUUUUGUUUCGUUUGUUAUUAUUUUUGGAUAUGCAAGUAUUUUAUUCGAAUGUCAAUUCGUUUCGGGUGAAUGUAGCUGCUACUUUUUUGUUCUACGAUUUGUCAUUACAACGCUUACCUAAUCAAUUACUACAAAAAAAAUCACUUUCUUCUGAGGAGGUAGGCAAAUUGUUCUUCCUCAUAUACGAGUAUAUAUAUUUGUUGUUCUUGUGUAAAACUAAGCACAGAAUAGCUCUAUAAUUGUAGUUAAGUUAAAAGUGUCAACCUAGAACAACUAGUUUCAAUCAAGCUCGGAAAAUGUUUUCUUUAUCAAAUCCACAAAGUAUCGUUAACCCGUCAAGUAUUUAACAGAAACUUACAAAUCCACACUACAGCAGCCAACAAUAGCGACGUUUGAAAUAAUUGUGAAUUCUUCACACCUGUAUCACAAAUAACUGAUAGCAAUAUCGUAAAGUUUACGUGCACGAUUGCAUGAUAAUUCUGGUCGCGAUUAUUCCAGAGCCCCAUAGAGAUUUUCGAAUCUAAACUAUAACACCGCAAGACAACGGAAUCUUUUUCUUACGCUGUAAGGUGUAUCUGUAUGUGAGUGUUACAGUCGGUCCAAAAUUCACAACAACAAAAAAGAUAAAUUGCACAUAGAUAGAGGGCCCGAUAGUGAAUCCUUUAGACAAAUAUUUCCUAACUACUAUGAACUAAAUCGUUGAACUCUAACAAUGCAUCCGCAGUCGUCAUGCGUAAA